AUGAAUUUUAGUCAUCUUAAACAGAUUGCUAUGGGAACAGAGGAGUUUAAGAAGGAAAUGGACUUGGCCAAUUGGUUUUCGCAAUUGGCUUAUGACCAGUGGGCCCCAAUCCCUGUCUCCGGUGCACGACCUUCAGCUCGGUACAAGGUGAUGUUUGUUACAAUUACUGAAAAUUUACAUGCUGCAGAAGUUGCGGACGAGAAAUUGUAUAUUGGUGGCGGGAGUCGUACUGGUCGGUAUCUACCUGAUGUUCAGGUUUUUGAUUUUAGAGGUUUGGUGUGGUCUAGUUUAAAACUCAAAAGUGAAGUAGAUGGUGGAAAAGGUGAACCGAAUGGGGCAUGGGAAGCUCUUCCGGCCAUUUCAGAUCAUAGUAUGGUUAAGUGGGGGAACAAGCUUCUUCUUCUUGGUGGGCAUUCUAAGGCGACUUCUGAUAGUAUGAUAGUGAGGUUCAUUGAUCUAGAGACACACGCAUGUGGUGUUGUCGAGACUUCAGGAAAAGCUCCGGUAGCCCGAGGGGGACAUUCUGUUACACUGGUUGGUUCUAGACUGAUAAUUUUUGGCGGAGAAGAUAGGAACAGGAGAUUGCUGAAUGAUGUGUAUGCCCUUGACUUGGAAACAAUGGCUUGGAAUGUAGUAGCGACAAAGCUGGCACCUCCAGCUCCCAGAUUUGAUCACACAGCUGCAAUAAAUGGGGAACACUACCUUCUAAUCUUUGGUGGUUGUUCUCAUUCAAUCUUCUUCAAUGAUCUUCAUUUACUCGACUUACAGACUAUGGAGUGGUCCCAGCCUGAAGUUCGAGGUGAUUUGGUGACUCCUAGGGCUGGUCAUGCUGGUGUAACCAUCGGUGAGAACUGGUAUAUUGUUGGUGGUGGAGAUAACAAAAAUGGCUGCCCAGAAACCCUUGUGUUAAAUAUGUCUAAGCUAGCCUGGUCAGCAUUGACAAGUGUAAAGGAAAGAGAUCCACUUGCUAGCGAGGGACUUAGUGUUUGCUCAGCAUUAAUCAACGGAGACCUGCAUUUGGUUGCCUUUGGUGGCUAUAAUGGGAAAUACAAUAACGAGGUUUUCGUUAUGAGACUCAAAUCAAGAGAUGCAUCGCGUCCGAAGAUUUUUCAGUCACCAGCAGCAGCUGCAGCUGCAGCUUCUGUUACUGCUGCAUACGCUUUAGCCAAAUCUGAAAAGUUAGAUUUCUCCAACUUAAAUCUGAACUCUAAUGGAGCUGGAAACAGUCCUUCUGAACAAGAUUUAGCAUUUGAAAUUGAUGCACUUAAAGAAGAGAAAAAGGUGCUGGGAUUGUCCCUCGCAGAAGUCAGAGCAGAGAAUUCUAGGCUUACAGAAAAGGUUGAUGAAGUUAAUGGUACCCAUGCAGAACUGUCCAAGGAACUCCAUUCUGUCCAAGGUCAACUAGUUGCUGAGAGAUCAAGAUGCUUUAAACUCGAGGCACAAAUUGCUGAGGUACAGAAGAUGCUGGAAUCGUUGCAGUCCAUAGAGAACGAAGUACAACUACUUCGAAGACAGAAAUCUGCACUCGAGCAGGAGAUAGAGCGUAAUGCAGCGCAAAAACAAGGUUCUGGUGGUGUCUGGCGCUGGAUAGCUGGCUAA